UGUGUGUGUGUGUGUGUGGUAUUUGUGUGUGUGUUCGGUAUUCUGGUACCUGGGGGCCAGUGGGCAGGGGGGAAAGCUGGUUAGUAGACCACGUUUGUAUCGUUCAUUCUUCCUUCUUCUUCUUUAUAUAUCAUCCCUCAAUUCUCACUCUCAUUGUAGAACAACAUCCCCUGCUCUACUACCAACAAAGAACAAAACCUCUCAACAAUCACUCCUUCGACCACCUUAGAACCUCGCCUCCACUCACAUCCACAAUGGCUGAAGAACAACGUGCUGCCCCUCUCCGACUCGGAUCAACCGCACCCAACUUCAAGGCCGUCACCACAAAGGGUGAAAUCGACUUCCAUGAAUUCAUUGGCGAUAAAUACGUCAUCCUCUUCUCUCACCCUGAUGAUUUCACUCCCACCUGCACCACUGAGCUAGGAGCUUUCGCCAAGCUCGAGCCUGAGUUCACUGCUCGCGGUGUCAAACUCAUUGGACUGAGCGCCAACGGCCUUAAAUCCCACUAUGACUGGAUCAAGGAUAUCGACGAAGUUACCGGAUCGAACCUGCAGUUCCCCAUCAUUGCUGAUGCCGACCGCAAAAUCUCGUACUUGUAUGAUAUGUUGGACUACCAGGACACCACCAAUGUCGACGAGAAGGGAAUGGCCAUGACUAUCCGUUCCGUCUUCAUCAUCGACCCCAACAAGAAAAUCAGACUGAUUUUGAGCUACCCAGCCUCCACUGGCCGGAAUGCCGCGGAGGUCCUGCGAGUCAUCGAUGCCCUUCAGACCACUGAUAAGAACGGUGUGAACACCCCUAUCAACUGGAACAGGAACGAUGAUGUCAUCAUCCCACCAACCAUGAAGACUGAGGAUGCCAUCAAGAAGUUUGGCGAUGUCAGGGUUGUCAAGCCAUACCUCAGAUACACCACUCUCAAGAACUAGGGUCGACCCUUGGGUGGAGACGGUGGAAGUCGUAUUCUAUAUAAACCUGAUGACGUUGAGCGUUGUAUUGGUAUUUUUGCUUCUUGUUUUAUUUUAUGUGUUUUUUAUUGUUUAAAGCGAUUCAUGAUAUAAGAGAAAGAAAUUUAAAAUGAUAUAAUCCAUGAAUAAAAUGAUCACUUACUCUAAAAAAAUAAAAAUAAAAAAUACAAAAAUUGGUCAAAUAAAAUUGUCCUUGCGUUUGUCGCUCGGAAGUCGGCCUUCCCCCAAAUGAGCAAGUCGCAUAGUCAGAGUUGCCUAUUCUCUUCAACAUCGUCUCCCAAGGUUCAGCUGCCCAGUCCAUGUUUGCU